AUGAGAGCCCUCUCUCUCCUCGCGCUCGCCGCUCUUUCGCUUGUUCAGGCGAAGCCAUUCAACGAGAAGCGCUCGACAUUUGCGGCCGUACGGCCUCCAUCUGUUCCUCUUGCUGUGAGGUCGCCUUAUGUGUCGACAUGGUCAGCUUCUGAUAGUCUUGUUGGGUCAUGGCCCAGAUUCUGGACAGGCUCUAUCAAGGGGUGGUCGGCCAUCGCGCGGGUCGAUGGCAAAGGUUAUCCACUUAUGGGGGACCCUGCCCAAGAUCCAAUUGGCACCACUUCGAAUGCUGUUCAAAAGUCGCUCACGAUUACACCCACCAAAUCUAUAUAUGCCAUGCAAGCUGGCCCCGUCCAAGUCACCCUUACUUUCCUUUCCCCCAUUGAACCACAGUCGCCCCAGCUCCAGUCCAUUCCACUGUCCUACUUGCAAAUUCAAGCGGUUUCCACUGAUGGAGGAUCCCAUACUGUCCAAAUUAUGGUGGAUAUCAGCGCUGAGUGGGCAAAUGCCGACUCCUCCAAGGUCGCAUCGUGGGCUGUCGACAACUCCGUUUCGGUCACGGGUGGAAAUCUACAGACAUUCACGAUCCAAACACAGAGCCCCACACAGUUCAGCGAAAGCGGCGACUACCCCAACUGGGGCACGGCCGUCUGGUCGACAUUGAACGCAAAUGGUUUGACGUGGCAGAGCGGCGAUAAUGCAUCCACGAUGCGAGCCGCGUUUGUUUCUAAUGGACAACUCUCUAACCUGAACAACGCCAACUUCAGAGCUAUCAACAACGGAUGGCCAAUCUUCGGUUUCUCCAACAACCUUGGUUCCGUUGGAACUUCUUCCUCAGCAACAUUAACAUACGUUGUCGGGCAUGUCCGUCCUCAGGCAAUAACAUGGCAGGGCUCCCCGGUCAACGCUUACUGGAUGAACUUCUGGUCCAAUUGGCAAGGCCUGGUGCAAUUUUUCUACAACGAUCUAGCAAACGCCGUCAACCGUGCAAAUUCUCUGGACAGCAAGAUUGCGGACGCAGCUAAUGCAGCUAACGGGCAAAACUACGAAGCUAUCGUUGCUCUGGCCGCGCGUCAAGCAUUUGGAGGGACUGAGUUUGUCGGCAGUACCAGCGAACCCUGGCUGAUGUUGAAAGAAAUUUCGUCGGAUGGUAACAUGCAGACCGUCGAUGUCAUCUAUCCCGCCGCGCCAGUUUUGUACUAUCUUAACGGAGACCUUUUGCGCCAUAUUCUCAAUCCCCUCGUCAAUUAUAUGUCGUCUGGGCUCUGGCCUCAGUCUUACUCGGCACACGACCUGGGUUCCUCUUACCCCAAUGCGAACGGGCACAAUGAUGGUGGAGGGGAGCUCAUGCCCGUCGAAGAAUCAGCCAAUAUGCUCAUCUUGGUCGGCAUGUACCUGCAAAAUCCUUCCAGUCAGAGCGACGCGAAAGCCUGGGCUACCUCUCAUUACAGUCUCUUCCGUGGAUGGGCCGAGUUCCUCGUUUCGCAUACGCUUUACCCCGACAACCAGUUGACGACGGACGAUUUCGCUGGGCCCAUCUCGAAUGCUACCAACCUCGCGCUCAAAGGCAUCAUUGGCAUCGGUGAAAUGGGCAGGAUCGCCAACUUUGUGGGCAAAACUGGAGAUGCACUCCACUAUUCGUCGGUUGCUCAGCAGUACAGCACCACCUGGAACGCGGUCUCGAAAGAUCCUUCUGGUCAGUAUCUCAACCUUGCUUAUGGCGACACGAACAGCUGGUCCCUCAAAUAUAACGCAUUCCCCGAUCGACUACUUGGUCUUGGCCUGAUUCCCGCUGCCACAAUUGCGCUCGAAGACUCGAAGUAUAAGACUGUUAUGAACACCUAUGGAGUGCCGUUGGACGUCCGCCACACUUACACUAAAGUUGAUUGGGAGUUGUGGACAGCUGCUUCUGCUAGCGACUCCUCUGUCCGACAAAGCAUCGUCGAUGGUGUUUAUAAAUAUAUCAACACUUCCCCUUCUCGAGUCCCAUUCAGCGACUGGUAUGAUACCGUUUCUGGCUCAUCAAAUGGCUUCCAAGCACGACCCGUCAUCGGCGGCAUGUUCAGUAUCCUGGCUCAAGGCUUGAACAAGCCCGGCCUACCCGCGGCCACCCCAUCUAGUAUCGACACUUCAAAAACAUACCGCAUUACCGUUGGCGGGCGAUCCGGAUGCAAUACCAUUCUCAGCGUCGCUUCAUGCGGGACUAACAAAGUCGACCUGUUCAGCUCGGACGAUGGCUCGGGCCGCCAACACUUCCAAUUCGUCGCUGUUUCCGGACUCACGAACGUCUACAACAUCAAGGUCGCCGGCGGGCGUGACGGUUGCAAUACCUUCUUGUCCUCCGCCUCCUGUGGUGCCGAUCUUGUGGACUUGUUUGGCAGUGAUGACGGCUCUGGCCGCCAGCGAUGGGUCGUGAGCCCGUCGGGCAGUGGGUUCAAUGUCCAACCCUACAGCGGUCGCGCGAGUUGUAAUACUUUCUUGAGCGUCGCGUCGUGUGGUUCGGACUUGGUGGACUUGUAUUCAUUUGAUGAUGCGAGUGGGAGGCAGCAAUUCACUCUUACCGCAGUGUAG